UUCACUUUUGCAUCGCAGCAGCUUUGCGUAAAGUCACCGAGCACCGAGAGAGAGAGAGAGAGAGAGCGAGAGAGAGAGCACCAGGUAGAUCUACAGCUCCAGGACUGAAGGGAACAUGAGUUGGGACAGCUACAUCCAGAGUCUGACCAAGAGCGAAUGGGUGGACGACGCCGUCAUCAUCGGCCACGCGCCCGGUCAGGAGUCGGUGUGGGCGUCGUCGGCGGGCGGCUGGCUCAGCGGGGUCACGGCAGCGGAGGUGAAAGCAAUAGUAGCGAACGAUCGUGGCAGUUUAUUUGCUAACGGCGUGACCUUAGCAGGGAGGAAGUGCACAGUGCUGAGAGACGCCCUCCUCGUGGAUGGACAGAACACCAUGGACGUGAAAAUGAAGACCUCAGAAAAGGAGCCCGACCCCUUCUCCUUCACCAUCGGCAAAUCACAGAAAGCUGUGAUCAUUGCUAAGGGAACUAAAGAGGCUCAUGGUGGAAAGGUGAAUCCUCCCGUCUUCGACAUGACUGCAUACCUCCGAAAAAUGAACAUGUGAAUCCCCCGAGCCCAUCACACACACACACACACACACACACACACACACACACACACACACACACACACACACACACACACACACACACACACACACACACACACACACACACACACACACACACACACACACACACACACACACACACACACACACACACACACACACACACACACACACACACUGGAGACUCAAGUGUGGAUCUGGAGAGGAGCCUGCAGCCGAUUAAUUGAUCGAUCGAUUCCUCCUAUAUCACUUUGAUAUCUGAUUGAUGGUACUGAUUGCAGAGUGGGCAGAGCUUCAUCUCAGGCACCUGUUUUAGUUCGUUUAUUGGUUUUAUUAUUUUUGAUGCUGUAAUGAACAAACGUCGACCCGAUUAUAAAGAGAGUCUAGUAAAGUUUAAUGAGAUUAACGCA